GCCAGUUCGAGUUAAACUGUAUCUCCAACUACAGAUCUGUCUCAGAUUUCUCGAUCCGUUAAGUUGUUUCUUUGCCCUGACUUGCAUCUGAUCGCUCCAGAAAUGGCAGCUGCACUUGUUCCCUCAGCCUUGGAGCUAUUAGCAAGAGUUGAAGCUGGAGCAUCAUUGAAAGAGGUGAGGCUGGGGACAGAUUCUAAAAAUGAACUCCAAAGGCUUAGGCACAACCUUUUGGCCUCAAAUGCUAUCCUUGAGGAUGCAGAGCAAAGCAGAAGCACCAACAUAUAUAUCCGACUUUGGAUAGAUUCGCUUACAGAUGCAGCUUAUGACCUGGUGGAUGUGUUGGACGAGUGGAUCGCUACACUCAUGAAGUUGAGAAUAAAAGGAGUUGGAAAAACUUCUAUUCUGAAGGCUAAGGUAGGCUCCUACGUCACCCACUGUUUACAUACUGCCCAAGUUGUUAGGCGUGAUGAUCUUGCUUUCAAAUUAAAGGAAAUCAGUGACAGGCUAGAUGUGAUGGCCAAUGAACGACAUACGCUCUGGUUAGUACAAAGAUCUGUUCAACAUAGCAGACGGAUUGGGAGUACAGCUUUUGUUGAUGUGUCAGCUAUAAUUGGUCGAGUGGAGGUUAAGGAAGGCAUUGUAAGCAGUUUGUUGUCUGCGUCUACUGAACUACUUAAGACAAUUUCUAUUGUUGGCAUGGGUGGGGUGGGAAAGACAGCUAUUGCUCAACUUGUUUACCAGGAUGAGGUGGUUAUUCAGCAUUUUGAUCGUAGAAUAUGGGUUUGUGUCUCAGAAGUAUUUGACGAGAAUAAUGUUGCCAAAACAAUAAUUAAAGGAGUUGAGGGUGUUAAAAGAUUUGAAGGAGCGGACUCCCUUGAUUCAUUUCCACUUUCUGCCCUUCUUGAUAGAAUUAGUAUAUCUAUCCACGGAAAGAAAUUUUUUCUUGUGUUGGAUGAUGAGCGGGCAGAUGACAAGCGACAGUGGGAAGGACUGAUCCAGACUUUCAAACAUGGUGCCCCAGGGAGUAGGAUUUUGUUAACUACUCGUAAGGAUACGGUGGCAAACAUGAUGGUGGACUCUCAUGUCAUUCAUUUGAAACCAUUAUCUGAUGAACAGUGUUGGAUGUUAGUCAGUCAAGAAGCAUUUUCUGGAAGGGGUGUUGAAGAGUGUCAGAAUUUGGAGGAUAUUGGGAAGAGAAUUUCAAACAAGUGUAAAGGCUUGCCUCUUGUUGCAAAGAUUCUAGGAGCCCUCCUAAGAUUUAAGAGCAGUAGGACAGAGUGGGAAGAUAUUUUGCACAGUGAAAUCUGGAAGUUAGAGUUUGCACAUCUAGGGCUUUUUCCUUCUCUACUUUUUGGUUAUAAUGAUUUGCCUUUACCACUGAGACAAUGUUUCAAGUAUUGUGCUCUUUUCCCAAAAGAUUUUGUAUACGACGGAGAAACAAUAAUAUACCACUGGAUGGCACAAGGCUAUUUAGGAUUGAACAAUGAUGAAGAUUUAGAAUUAAAAGGAAGAGAGUACAUUAGCUACUUAGCAGCUAGGUCUUUCUUCCAUGAUUUUCUGCUGGAUACAGAUGGUAUAAAAUCAACAUGGAAGAUGCAUGACAUUAUGCAUGAUUUUGCACAGUUUUUGAUGAUCAAUGAUGGAAUUGUGAUUAAGGUCGAUCCAGAAGGCAAUUCAAUGACAGGUUUGUCUUCCAGAGAAGCUCAUUAUUUGACAGCAUGUAUACCAGAGGGGCAUUGUCUUCCUACUUCCAUUUAUGGUGCUGAAAAGUUGCGCGUGCCUUUUUCUGCAAAGACUCUAGGAGGCCUCCUAAGAUUUAAGAGCAGUAGGGAAGAGUGGGAAAAUAUCCUGAACAGCAAAAUCUGGGGGUUGGAUACUAUGCAGGAAGACCUUUUUGUUUCUCUAUUGUUGUGUUAUUAUGAUUUGCCUUUGCCACUUCAAGAAUGUUUCAAGUAUUGUGCUAUUUUCCCAAAAGAUUUUGUAUACGAUGAAGAA